AGAACCGUCGAUAGAUCUUCCUCUUCAUCUCCGCUUUCUCCCUUUCUCCCUUCUCCUAGGGUUUUCUUUCUCAUUCUCAGUCUCAAUCAACAAACAGAGACAGAGAAAUACACAGGAAGCCAUGGACGAUAGCUGUGCUGUGUGUGCCGAGUCUCUUGAAUGGGUGGCCUACGGCCCCUGCGGCCACCGGGAGGUCUGCUCCACCUGCGUCGCUCGCCUCCGCUUCAUCUGCGAAGAUCGCAGUUGCUGCAUAUGCAAGACCCAGUCCGACGUCGUUUUCGUCACCAAGGCCUUAGGAGAUUAUACAAGAAUGAUUAAUGACUUUUCAGUCUUGCCAUCGAAAGUAAGGGAGGGUAAAGUGGGAUCAUACUGGUACCAUGAGGAUACACAAGCAUUUUUUGAUGACAUGGACCACUACAAGAUGAUCAAGGCAAUGUGCAAGCUUUCAUGCAGUGUAUGUGAUAAAAUGGAGGGGCAACCACAGGAUGGCUCAAAGCGUCGAGCAAAUAUUAGGAACAUUGAACAGUUGAAGGGUCAUUUAUUCCAUCAACAUAAGUUGGUUAUGUGCAGUCUUUGUUUGGAGGGAAGGAAGGUAUUUAUUUGUGAACAAAAGCUAUAUACUAGGGCACAAUUGAAUCAGCAUAUAAGCACAGGGGACACCGAGGUGGAUGGAAGUGAGAGUGAAAGAGGUGGUUUUGCAGGGCAUCCUAUGUGUGAAUUUUGCAAAACUCCAUUCUAUGGGGAGAAUGAACUGUACUCACAUAUGUCUACUGAACAUUACACCUGUCAUAUAUGCCAAAGGCGGCAUCCAGGACACUAUGAGUAUUAUAAGAAUUAUGAUGACCUAGAGAUCCACUUCCGUCAAGAGCAUUUCUUGUGUGAAGAUGAGGCCUGCCUUGCCAAAAAGUUUAUCGUAUUUCUAUCUGAAGCAGACUUGAAGAGACACAAUGCUCUUGAACAUGGAGGACGAAUGUCACGUUCGCAGCGUAAUGCUGCUCUGCAGAUACCAACUAGCUUUCGAUAUCGACGAAAUAAUGAACAAGAUCGUCGUCGUGGAAGAGGACGGACAUUUCAACUUGAUUCUUCUGAAAAUCAACUUGCUAUGGCCAUUGAAGCAAGUUUGGAGACAGCGAAUGCAGAUCGUACAUUUCAUGAUCCAUCUUCAUCAUCCAGUCUGCAAUUUACUCCUGAUCCUGGGGAUGCAAGUGAUAUUGAUCCAAUCAUUCAGCCAUUUGAAUCAUUAGCUGCAACAGAUUCUGAAUCAUCUUCGAGGUACCGUCAAGCCUUGGGAAGGGCAAGCAAUGCUCCUUUGGAAGAGUCUUCCUUUCCACCCCUCCCCAUGGCACCCAAAAAGAAUCAACGAAAACCAAAACAAGACUCAGAAGGUUUUCCCGCCAACUCUAUGGCAGCACAUCUCCGCCGCCAAAGAAAUGUGACUGUUGUUAAUUCAGCUCAGGCUUGGCCAGCAGCAAGUCGGGGACCACUGCUGCCGUCAAGUGCUUCAAACCAAUCUAGACCUACAACAAAUUCAGCACCUGUAAUGUCACGUAGUUCUGGGCAACCUAAAAUGGCCACUGGUAAGGGACCAGCAGCAUCUAGUUUUGCGAGUAUGGCUCAGGCUCGGCCAACUCAUGCACUUCUAUCUGUUGGCUCUUCAAGGGACUUGGGCAACACUGGUCGGAUCAGCCACUCUGCAUCAGCCCCAGAUCUUGUGGAGAGUGGGUCAGUGGAACCUUCAAUUUCUGAUUUCCCUCCAGUUUCUGCAGCACAAAUGCACAAAAUGCCCUCAAGUAGCCAGGCUCUGUUAAAUGUGGAAGAUGUUCAGACUGCAAACAGGUCUUUGGUGGAAAGGAUCCGUGCUGGUCUUGAAUUUGACGAAGACAAAUUCACUGCUUUUAAAGACAUAUCUGGACAAUUUCGCCAGGGUUUAAUUGACACUGGAAGAUAUCUGGAUUAUGUGCGGCGAUUUGGCUUGUCACAUCUCAUUCUUGAGAUGGCUCGGCUCUGUCCUGAUCCGCGGAAACAGAAAGAUCUUGUUGAGACCUAUAAUGCUAGUUUGAGGAGCAAUGUUUCACAAGCUAAUGGUUGGGGCACUGGCAAUGCCCGCCUGAAAGACAGCAAAGGCCCUAGAAAAGGUAAAGGGAAGUCUGUAGCUGCUGAAGACAGUAAUUCAAAGGAUAGAUUAGCAAAUAACUUUUUAAGCACCGUACAACAACUGCAGUCGAGCUACAAGCCCUCUGAAGAACAGGAGUUGUUAUCUAGGGAAGGGUACCGUGCUUCCAAAGGCCAAUCGAGCAUAUUGAUGGAUGAGCAGCAGCGUGUGGAUCUAAAUAAUACUGGUAGUCAGCCCUUAAUUAAGCCGAGGGGUCAGAACGAUUCCCUAUCAGCUGGUAGUGUAUCUGAUCAAAAUAUAGGGGAUGGUGGUGGAGGGAGUAAGCAACGAAAGAAGACUCCAAAGUUCCUCAGAGCUCGAUUGGGUGAUGGAUCCGUGGCAUCACUUUUAGAUUCCAAAAAUACAAAUCAUGAUUCAGAUCCGGAAGCAACUGAUGAGAGGUUCGAUGGUAACCAGAACCCCAAUGGAGGGUUGCCUAUGCGAGGUGUUUGGCGAAGUGGUGGAGGCCAUAAACUCUUCUCCUAAGCAGUUUUUCCAGGAGAGCCUAAAAACUCUGAAUUCCAGUAGUAGUUUCUGUGAAGUACAAGAAUCACAAGUAUCAGAAUUACAAUUGAUCUGGCAAACAAAAGAAAAGGAUUCUAUUUCUUGCCUUGAUUGUCAUGUCUUUUUCAAGUUGAGUUGGAUUGUCUAGUUUAGCCAUUUAAGGCUAUAUGAUUUUGUGGCAUGGUAUUUUUGAAAGACAAGAAUGUUGCCUGAAAGGGGGAGUUUUGAUUUUUGAUCUUGAUUACCACAAAUGUUCAUAUACGACACUUUUUUGAAUAUAUAUACUGCAAAGGUUGAAGUCUACAA